UCAAUCAAAAAAUCAAAUCAUAUACCAUCAAUACACAGAUAAACAAAUCACUUUGUUCUUCAGUUUGCAAAUCAAGCGCCUACAGAAAAAUGGAUUUGAGGGUAAUGGGAUUUGAUCCACUCCUCAACACACUCUACCACAUUCUCGACGAUGACAAUCACUCAGCCAACGACACCAACAAAUCCACCCAAGCCCGAACCUAUGUCCGUGAUGCCAAAGCCAUGGCAUCAACUCCAGCAGACGUGAAAGAGUAUCCGAAUUCCUUUGUGUUUGUAGUGGAUAUGCCGGGAUUGAAGUCGGGCGAUAUCAAGGUACAGGUGGAGGAAGACAAUGUGCUGGUGAUUUGUGGCGAGAGACAGAGAGAAGAGGAGAAAGAAGGUGUCAAGUAUGUGAGGAUGGAGAGGAGGGUUGGCAAGUUUAUGAGGAAGUUUGUGUUGCCUGAGAAUGCUAAUUUGGAGACAAUCAAAGCUGUUUGUCAGGACGGUGUGUUGAGUGUUACGGUGGACAAGUUGCCACCGCCGGAGCCGAAGAAGCCUAAGACUAUCGAGGUCAAGAUUGCUUAAAUGAAGAUGCAUUGCUCUCGGAUUGGCUUGGAAUGUUUUUCUUACCUAUCGUAUGUUUGUUCAACUUAUGUGUGCGUGAGAGUUUCUUAUGUUGCCCAAAUGUAAUGGAGUGACUGCUUAUGCUUUGUGCUGUUAAAUUGUGUGUUUAGAGCAAUUCCCAUUUCCCAGUC